AUGUCUUUAGAUCACCACAGCAGUGUUAGCGACCACCACACUGCCCCGAGUCAGCCGGCAGCGUCGGCGGCUCGAAAUGCGAAGCCGAAUUCGAUGAAGCAACAACUAAAACAAGGCAAAGUUGUCAGCGCCAUGUCCAUACGGUACUCUCGCGGAGUUGAGAUUGUUGGAUUUGCGAAAUCUGCGGGGAUGCAAGGGGUGCUCGUCGAUCUUGAACAUAGCUCGAUCGAUCUGGAUCAGUGUAUGCAAUUCACGCUUGCCGCUUUAGCUCACCACAUCACCCCUGUCGUACGAGUUCCCUCGACAGCAUGCUCGUUUGUCGGGAGAGUGCUAGAUGGUGGUGCGCAAGCGGUCAUCAUCCCCCAUGUCCGCACAGCGCAGGAUGCUUUGGACGCCGCUCGUGCCGCAAAAUUCUUCCCCGACGGUGACCGUUCCGCAAUUGGAGGCCUAGCAGCUCUACAGUAUGGCUCAUAUCCAACCAUCGAGGCGAAUAUGGCCGUCAACGAGCAAGUGAUGUGUAUCAUCAUGAUUGAAACCCUCGAGUCGUUGGAGAACCUGGACGAGAUCGCGGCAACUAACAAUGUGGAUGUUCUUCUCAUUGGGACGAACGAUAUGUCUGCCUGCUUAGGGGCUCCCGGAGAUCACGAUGACAAGAGAAUUACGGAGAUUUACGAGCGGGUUAUCUCGGUCUGUCGCAAAAAUGGGAAGGCGAUAGGGAUCGGUGGCCUGUACGCCCGACAAGAUCUCAUCGACAAAUUUAUCCAUAUGGCAUCUGGGCUUGGGCGCUUCAUCAUGUGCGGGAGUGACCAAGACUAUGUAUUGGAAGGUGCUAGACGCACUGCGAACUGGCUGGAGGCGUACAAUUUUUGA